GAAGCCCCACUUUCCUCCCAUAAUCCUCUCCGUCCAUUUUAAGUCCCAAAAUCCACUGCGGUCAGUCUACUGCAAGCAAGAUGGCGGACAAAAUAGUUCCUGUGGCGGAGAAGCGUCUGGUAGACGUCAAGCUGGGAGAGCUGGGCUCGUGGCUGGGCACCCGGGACUUCACCCCCAACGGAAUUCUGGCUAGCAUCCGCAAGGGCCACGACAGAUAUUACAACAAGUACAUCAACGUGAGGAAGGGCGGUAUUGGAGGCGUUGCCAUGCUUCUGGCCGGAUAUGUGGCCCUCAGCUACGUGUGGGAGUUCGAGCACCUCAAACAUGACCGCUGGAGGAAGUACCACUGAGGCCUGGUCCUGAGCCCUAGCUGUCUUGCUUUGUUCUGUAUAAAACCACCAUUGUGACCAAGAAUAAAUGAAAUAAAACUACUUGUAACAUUUAA